CGCCUCUGUAUUCUGAGGGUCUAAACCUAGGUCCGAGCUUCCAAGCCCCCCCCCCCAUCAAACUACCGAGAACAUUGCACAAGAAUCCUCCAUCAUCCUCACCGCCUUCCCCUUUAACAUUUUUCACCAUGGAGUCUUCAGCCAGAAAGCAGUUUGAUUUUGAAAAUAGCAUCACUUUGGUUGAUCCCACCAAAGAUGGUAUCUACGCUUACGAUGACGCCGAGCAGAAAACGCUGAGCGAGAAACGACCAUGGAGAGACAACCCAAAUUACUUUAAACGUGUUCGUAUUUCCGCCGUUGCCCUGCUAAAGAUGGUUAUGCAUGCUCGGUCGGGUGGUUCAAUCGAAAUUAUGGGCCUUAUGCAAGGAAAAAUAGCCCACGAGACCUUUAUUGUGACCGAUGCUUUCCCGUUGCCAGUGGAAGGUACGGAAACACGUGUAAAUGCGCAGGAGCAAGCUUAUGAAUACAUGGGAGCUUAUGUGGACUCUCAAAAGGCCGAGAAACGCCCGGAGAACAUCGUCGGCUGGUAUCAUUCUCAUCCGGGGUAUGGAUGCUGGUUGUCUGGGAUCGAUGUCAACACCCAGAUGAACCAACAAAAGUUCACCGAUCCUUUCCUCGCAGUCGUCAUUGAUCCGGAUAGAACUAUAUCCGCUGGGAAGGUGGAUAUUGGGGCUUUCAGAACCUAUCCCGAGGGGCAUAAAGGGAAGAGCGACGAGGAAGGAGAAUACCAGACCAUUCCUUUGGCGAAGAUUGAGGAUUUUGGAGCCCAUACUAACCAAUAUUACACUCUGGAGGUCUCCCACUUUAAAUCCUCUCUCGAUACUCACCUUCUCGAUCUUCUGUGGAAUAAAUACUGGGUCUCGACACUAUCGCAAUCUCCACUGUUUACCAAUCGCGAUUACUCUACAAAGCAGAUGGUCGAUUUGUCUCAGAAGAUUCAUAAAACAGAGCACUCGCUACUUUCUGGGGUUGGUAAGAGCAACAGAUCGUCGCUGCUCGCUCCCAGCGUAACUGGCAAGCCGCAAACUGAAGGCCAACUCGACAAGGUUGUCAAAGAUAGUAACAAGAUUGCCUCUGAAGAAAUUACUGGCCUCUUCAGUAGUGUUGUGAAAGACCGGGUGUUUGGGGGGGUGGAUGUUGUCACCUCGACUAGGAAACAGUCUUGAGAGUUUCUCUCACAGACGGGGUGUUGAUUAAUUUAGAGGCUUUGUUUCACUCUGUAAUGUGGAUGGGAGCGGCGUUCCUGGGUCUGCGUUUUAUAUUCUCUAUGGCCCUCAAAUUGGGCUUGUCAGACAUUCACCCGCCAGGCUAAUAUUGCCGGGCAACAAAUUUGGGAGGGUGUGAUUUUGUGUGGUACCUCAAUUUGAUAUAUCGCUAUUCUACAUGA